AUGGCUUUGAGAGGCGUCUGGCAAUUACAAAAGCUGAUUGUCAGUUGCUGUGAUUGGGGAGGUAGUAGCAGGGGUAUCGGGGAAUUUCUGGAAUCUCAGUUGCUAGCAUUUAAAGAAAAAAAUCCUCAGCUCGAGGUGAUCGCCGAGCUCAAUCGUGGUCAUCAUCCAUUUUUGAAGGGCUUAUACAGGAACAAGAACGAGCGAGUUGUAUGCGUUAAGAAUAUGACUCCCGAGGACGUGCACCAGUGUGCAACCAGGCUAAGGAAUGCACUAGGACGAAAGGCGGUGAAGCUGAAGACAAGGCACGUCACAAAACAUCCUAGUGUUCAAGGUACUUGGACGACCGACCUUCAGAUGUGA